AUGGCGACAGAAGAAGCAUCAUGGUCCACAAAUGGUUUGGCGGCAACGGCGGGGAGUGCUGCAGGAGGAAGGCAAGGCGGCCAGAACCGAGAGGUUGAGGACGGUAGCCACCGAGAACACCACCAAACACAAAGCACGUCACUGGCCCCUGAAAACACGACAUCCCCCGCCCCCGCGGCGGACAUCAGCAACACCGACUCUAGCCAGCAACAGCCGCAAGUGCAGGGCGCUGCCGAGCCUGCUCAGCAGAAGCAGCCCCUUGCCCUGCCGCCGCUUCCCGAGCCCCCGUCUGAGGGCAACUCGGCGGGGGGCAACGGCAUCGUCACCCUCGACAUGAGCGGCGGCGAAGGCGCCUCGACCAAGCUCGACCACUUGGGGCCCCUGGUGGUUAAUCAGGACGGCACCAUGUCACGGAUCAGCAACUGGGGCGAGAUGACAGAGAUUGAGCGUCGCAACACGCUGAGGAUCCUCGGGAAGAGGAACCAGAUCCGUCUCGCGGGCCUCAGGGGGGAGGGCAAUGGCACCGAGGACGGAGCUGACCGAGGUUGA